GGGCGCUGCGGUCGGGUCGGCUGAUCCACGAACCUCUCCAAGGAAACCUACAAGCUGCCGAUGGCACAAGGAGAAAGAAAAAAGUCUACUUGAAUUUGAAAGAAGAAAGAGUAUUGUGGAUCAAGCAGUCUCUAUCUAGAUUGUGAAUUCAUGAAGAAUUUGGGAAAUGAUUGUUCAAGAAUAGCCAUAAAAUGCAUAAUUUCCCAAGUUAAUUCACGUUUGACCACAGUUGUUUUGGAUUUAUUCCACACUAGGCUGUAGGUUCUUUGAGGCUGUCGAUAUUCAACCAGCAUGCCUUGGACUGUAUUGUGGGAAGACCCUGUUAUUUAAAAAUGGCUCAACUGAAAUAUAUGGAGAAUGUGGGGUGUGUCCAAGAGGACAGAGAACAAAUGCACAGAAGUAUUGUCAGCCUUGCACAGAGUUUCCAGAACUUUAUGAUUGGCUCUAUCUUGGAUUUAUGGCUAUGCUUCCUCUUGUUUUACAUUGGUUCUUCAUUGAAUGGUACUCAGGGAAAAAGAGUUCCAGUGCCCUUUUCCAACACAUCACUGCAUUAUUUGAAUGCACUAUGGCAGCUAUCAUCACCUUACUUGUGAGUGAUCCAGUCGGUGUGCUUUAUAUCCGUUCAUGUCGAGUAUUGAUGCUUUCUGAUUGGUACACCAUGCUUUACAAUCCAAGUCCAGAUUAUGUUACCACAGUGCACUGUACUCAUGAAGCUGUCUACCCACUAUACACCAUUGUAUUUAUCUAUUAUGCAUUCUGCUUGGUAUUAAUGAUGCUGCUCCGACCUCUUCUGGUAAAGAAGAUUGCCUGUGGGUUAGGGAAAUCUGAUCGAUUUAAAAGUAUUUAUGCUGCACUUUACUUCUUCCCAAUUUUAACCGUGCUUCAGGCAGUUGGUGGAGGCCUUUUAUACUAUGCCUUCCCAUACAUUAUAUUAGUAUUAUCUUUGGUUACUCUGGCUGUGUACAUGUCGGCUUCCGAAAUAGAGAACUGCUAUGAUCUUCUGGUCAGAAAGAAAAGACUCAUUGUUCUCUUCAGCCACUGGUUACUUCAUGCCUAUGGAAUAAUCUCCAUUUCCAGAGUGGAUAAACUCGAGCAAGAUUUACCCCUUUUGGCAUUGGUACCCACACCAGCCCUUUUUUACUUGUUCACCGCAAAAUUUACCGAACCUUCACGGAUACUCUCAGAAGGAGCCAAUGGACACUGAAUGUAAAAUGCCAAAAAAACCUAAGAAGUGUUCUUAAUAAAAGGAAGUAAAGAAAUAAAAAAAUGUAUUAGUACUCUUCUGUCAUGGGAAUAUGAUGAUUGUCAGUACACCUAAUGUUAUGGGGGGUUUGUUGUUUGUUUUCUUUUUUUGACUUAACAGAUUUUGUGGUUUGAUGGAAAAUACAAAAUACCAUAAUUCUCCAUUAUGUAGUAUAACACACCAUACACUUAGAGCACACGGUUAUAUUACACUAGAAACCUAUUAGGAAGCACUUGCCUCUUGCAACAAUUCAGCUAUUUUUUUGUGCAAAGUCGUCAUGUUUCUGUGUACCUAGCAAUGUGCUGUUCCCAUUUUUAUUUAUUAAGAAAAACUAUAACAAGUAUAAUCUGAAAUCCUUAGCAUUGGCAUAAUUGUGCAUGCCUGUUGUGUUUCAGUUUUUCAAGUAUACUGAAUUAUAAAGUCAAACGUAUUUGUGGGGUCUGAUAGCAAACAUGGAAAUCAAGUAUGUUGUUUUUUGUUAUCUAUUUAUUUUCACCAAUACAGUAUUUUGAUCUAUUACAAAAAUAGAGCAUAAUUUAUAUAACAGGUCUUUUGUUUUAGGUAGUUUGGUUGAAGACAUCUUCAGGUUAUUCCUGUUCCUGUAAAGAAAAAUGAUAAUAAAACGCUUAACUACAAAAAAA